GAUUGAAUCCCCCAAAGGUUGAUGUGGAGUGUGGGGCGUUGUACGUACCGAGCGCAAGAGGCUUUCCGCUGGUAGACGCCUUUUUCUUCGUGGACGCGCCGCGGAAGACGGCGGUUGGGCUGCAGACGACUGUGAGGGGUUCGCAUCACUCCCAACCCGGCACCGUGAGGCGGCUCAGUGAAUGCAUGGCGCAGUGUUUCAACGGCUGGGAAGCGUUUGCCGCAGACUUGUCGUGGGAGAUUAUUUACGUGCGGCAUGGCGGGAGUGCGCCGACAAACGCGUGGGAGGAACGUGAUGCCGUCGCGGGAGAAAACGAAGACCGGAGAGAAGAGCAGCGGAGGCGGGAAGGAGACGAGGAAGAGAAAACUGCGAGCCCCCGGGAGGAAGAGGCACACCAGUACCAGGUGAGGGUAUCCGAGGAGGAUUUCGUACCUCGAAAAAGCCGACCAAAGCGAGCAGCAGCCGGAGAGGGGCAACCAACUAAAUAA